UUUGGACCUUCCCGGCCACCAUUGACGCCAAUAUGGCUGCCUCCAGGGGAAACAAGGCUAACGCGAAAAGUCCAGACCGUAACUCCUUUGUCGCAUGGAUCUUAGCGCAGAGUUCAAGAGGUGGAAAGCGCAGUGUCUGAGCAAAGCGGACCUCAGCCGGAAGGGCAGUGUGGACGAGGACGUGUUAGAGAUCGUGCAGCUCCUAAAUGGGCAAGAACAGUUUUUCACCACGAGUUCCUGCGCUGGCCGAAUCAUCCUCCUAGACGGGAGUAUAAAUGGUUCUGAGGUUCAGAAACAAAACUGUUGCUGGCUACUGGUUACACACAAAGCCUGUGUGAAAGAUGAUGUGACUGUGGCCCUGAAGAAAGCGAAGGGCGAUGCCGUUUUGAAAUUUGAGCCACUUGUUCUUCAUGUGCAGUGUCGACAGUUGCAGGAUGCACAGAUUCUGCAUUCAGUGGCAAUAGAUUCUGGCUUCAGGAACUCUGGCAUAACUGUGGGAAAGAGAGGAAAGAUUAUGCUGGCUGUCCGGAGCACCCAUGGCUUAGAAGUUCCAUUAAGCCAUCAAGGAAAACUGAUGGUGACAGAGGAAUAUAUCAACUUCCUACUAAAGAUAGCAAAUCAAAAAAUGGAAGAAAACAAGAAGAGAAUUGAAAGGUUUUACCACUGCCUACAACAUGCUUUGGAAAAAGAAACUGUUUCUACAACCUCACAUCCUAAAGAGAAAGUUAAUACAUCAUAUAUUCGUAAAAAAAAAAGGAACCCAGCAAAAGCACAUGGCAAACGUGUUACUGAAGGAAAUGAAAAAGAACUGGAAAAUAAUGACCAUGAUGAUCCAGGAAUCAGUGUUACUAUCUUCCCUGAAGAUUACUGAGAUUUGGUUCCAAAAUGUCUUGGUAGAAUGAUGUUUCUAAUAGCUAUUAUAAAGCUGCUGUUAAUAAGAGUUUGUCGACUGUAUCAGACUUUCAGAAAAGCAAGAUUUAACUUUUCUCUAUAUUUUAGAGAAACCCUUAACUUUUAAAAACAACUAUGUAUAAUAUUUACUCCUAUAUACUAUCUUUUAAAAUCACAUAGUCAUUGCAAAAAUAAAAUUAUGAUUUUUUUUAA